AAGGACGGCUUUUGGCGGGAUAUGAGCUCGAGAUUACUGUUGUCUGCGUUUGGCAGAUUCCCACGAGCAUGUUUGACUUCAUAUCAUCCGAAAUUAACUGAAAAGUUCUUUGCACCAAAAAAACAUCUUCAUUACCGGCGUACACCCCAUGUACUAGGUAUUCCUCUCAGACGUUAUUGCCAUCAAUCACCGAUAUCGAAACGAAUGAUCGAAGAUAGAGUGAUGCUUGUGUUAAGACUUUAUGACAAGAUCGACCAUAAUAAAGUAUUUUGAAACAUAUACGAAAAGUUUUUUUCCAGCUCACAAUGCAUUCCAGAUUCCGUGAGGAUUUAGGACUCGAUAGUUUAGAUCAUGUGGAACUGGUUGUGGUGAUGGAAGAGGAAUUUAGUAAGAUUGUCUGAUGCCCUAAUAUUUUUUAGACUUUGAAAUCCCUGAUAUAGAUGCACAACGGUUCUUAACACCACGAGACAUUGUUCGAUAUAUGUGUGAUAAAUACGAUUUGUAUGAUUAGUUAUAACGGCCAUAAUAGGAUGUAUUUCUUAGUAUGUGAAUUCAAAAUAAACUUUUGAACUCAAGUAGCAUUUUUCAGCUUUCUGCUAUUUUAGAUAGUACUCAUGUAGACCUUUUUAUUUAGGUGCUUGAUGGUCGAUGUGUUCGCAAUCUGAUAAUGAAGAUGGUUCACCUGACGCCUUGCCAUUUGAUAUCGAUGAAGUUAUGGCAGCGAAGCGUAACAAUCCAGGAAUGUUUGUCAGUGCAUGGGAGGCAGAUGAAAAUGAUAUUGACCAGUGGACUGAAGAGCAAAUAAAAAGUGAUCUGAACAAGCAGUUUAUUGUUGCAGCAGAAAACAAUGACCUUCCUACCACUCUCAGCCUUAUUGAUGCAGCUAGAAAGAACGGUUCAAAAGGAGAGAUCAAGUUGAGAGAACUAUUAUCAGCCAAAGAUCAAGAUGGUUAUACAGCACUGCAUCGUGCAGUAUAUGGAGGACAUACUGAUGUAUUACGUUGUCUGAUAAAACAUGGUGCAAAUGUAAAUAAUAGGACAGAAGAUGGAUGGACACCGUUGCAUAGUGCUGCUUUCUGGAAUCAAUUAUCUUGUGCUCAGUUACUUCUUGAAGCUGGUGCUGAUUUAAAUGCUCUAACUAACAGCAAGCAAACUGCUCUACAUUUAGCUAUCUCAAAUAACCAAGGUCCAGAGACACUGUAUUUACUAAUGGCUCAACCUGGUGCACCAGUUUAUGGAGUACGUAAUCAACUGGGUGAUGAAGUAGCUGAUAUCAUAAAGAAGAAUUCACCGUAUGGGGAUGUAUGUUAUGCAUUCAGUGAACCAGCGACUAAUUUGAUGAAGAAAGCAUAAAUGAUCUAUAACUUCCCUAUUAUAUAUUUUAUGAAGUAUGAAAUCCGUGUUUUGUGGUGAAAUGUUUUUCAGUAGUUGACUUUUGCCUGACGUUACUUGAAAUAUUGAUUUGUUCUUCAAAGAUGCAUUCAGGUUAAUACCAAAUAUCUUGCAAA